AUUUAUAUAUUGUAAAACAUCAUGUCUCAGGGUCAGCAUAUAAAAAUUUGUUUGAAGAUCAUUAAAAAAUGUUGUCCACUAGUGACAUUAAUAUGCACUAUGCUCGUUAUUGUGAUUACAAUUUACAUCAAUCAAAAGAUUUCUCCAAUCUUCAUAUUUCUCUGCACGCAAGUGUAUCUGAACUGGUACUCAGUUUACAGCAUCAGCUAUAAAUCAAAUCCAAUGAGAGUCAAAGAGGUACAGAGUGAUUUGUACAGCGUGACGAUUCAGCAUCAUAAGUUCGAGCAGUUCGAUAAUACGCAACCACCGGCUCACAAUACCACUUAUCGAUUCUGGCAUUGCGAGAGAUGUCAGAGUUACAUGUGCAAGCCGACGCAACACUGCGUCUUCUGCCGAAAGUGCUUCCACUUCAAGGACCAUCAUUGCUUCUUUCUAGGCGCUUGCAUACUUCGUCAAAAUAUGGGCAACUUUAUAUUGUUUUGUUUUUACACUUCCUUGACGUGCUUGUACUCAUUGUGCGUACUAGCGCCCUACAUGUACGAAAAUAUCAAUCAUAUAGUAAAGAACGACGCGGAUUACUUCAACAUAUUUCUCAACUUUUGCUUUCCGAUCGCCCUGGCAAGACUGCUGCAUUCCAGAGACGGCUCGAGUAUACUGCUUGUCACAAUAUUCGAUGCCCUUAUGUCUAUUUUGUGUAUUUGUCUAGUACUCGGCAUUUGGAAAAUGCACAGCUGUUUGACCGGCAAACAACGUUACGCGAACUUAACGGGAAAGCAAAGCCUAAAAGAAAUAUUUGGAAGCUAUGGUCUAUCAAACGUUAUCUUUCCGUACAACGGUCUCAUAGGUACAAGAGACAUCAAUGGUAAAUAUGAACUGAAGGAAGUGUAAAAACAUAUCGAACCACAGGCAGAA